AUGCUCGACAUUCGACGGCACGGCCUAGCUUUGUUGCUUUUGGCUCUUUCCAGUUACGCUAACGACAACACCACUAGCAACGCAACACUCGUAUCCAACACAACAGCUCCUGAAGACGAGUUGACAUCCACCACUAGUGGAGAAAAGACAACAGCAGUAUUAUUCGUGGCUGCAUCACUCGCAUGGAUGACGUUUCGAACUAUAGGCAUUGGAGUGUACAUGGUGAUAUCUUGGAUGACAUGGCCCGUGCUUUUCGUACUCGGAUUGGUGUGGCGUAUCUUGAUCGUCCGACCUUGGGAACUCUUUGUAUCGUUUAUCCAUGUCGUCUACCCAGUCGCAUUGUUUUGCUUUGCAGCCGUAUUAUGUGGUACCAUUAUUGGCGGUUGUGCAGGUUUUGCAGCAGAGGCUAUUGCAUGGUUCUCCAUUACAGCAACGUGGGGUCGUUCAGCAGCAUCCAUUCCAACAAAACGUAUCCAAGCUGCUGAGGAACGGCUGCAACUGGAAGGUGGAGGCUAUCAAGAUGAUGUUGAUGACGACUAUGAUGAUGAUGAUGAUACAAGUACGGAUAACGUUGGAUUUGAUUGGGAUGUCAAGGGCAAGAUGCCGGCAGCAGCUCUUGAAAAGUUACGUGAACGCUACCAGAAAGAAAACGACGACAUGUAUGAUGAUUGGGCAUGGGAAGAAGAUGAUGAUAGCAUAGACACGUUCCCACGAAAACGAUGGCAUCACCGAUCGAGUUCAUCCACAACACCCAUAUCCAUUGUACGAUAA